GGCUGUGCCUCUCGCACGCAGCUGCUCCCUUGGGUCAGGACUGCAGAUCCUGACGGGGCUCAGCCAGCCUGGCAAAUGAGAGGCUGGAAAAGCCCCACAGUUCUGCUUGUGAGGCAGCAGCACUCGGGACUAUGAGGUUCAGGAGCAUUUUUGUUUCAUGCCGCAAGUGGAAAAGAUCUGAGCAUGGGGCAGCGAGCCCUUCGCACGCUGCCUGGUCAUGUUGCUGUAAAUAGCCCACCAGCCCUGGCGGGCAGCGCGGCUGCUUCCAGGUGCGCGGCGGUAUAAAAACCUCUGGAGGGGGCAUCAGCCUGCGGGAGCCUUCCAGCGCCUUGCACCACAACAGUUCCACAAUCUUGGCACAGCAGCUGUCAUUUCCCAACACAAUGCAAAAAGCAACAGACUGCCAAACAGCGGAAGGAGAAGCCUGUGAAGAGCCGUGUGAGUCUGAGAACUGCACUUGCAGCUCCAACUGCUCAUCAACAGCAGAAUCCAACCCCGAUUCACCAGUAAUUCUUAAAAUAUUGCAGAACUGGGCUCCCACAGUUUCCCACUACUUUGACAAAGAGCAUUACACUUAUGCAGGCCAGCACAUUGUCAUCCAGGAAUCUAUAGAACACUUUGGAGCAGUGGUGUGGCCUGGGGCACUGGCUUUGUCUCAGUAUCUGGAAUCAAAUCAAGAACGAUUCAACCUCAAAGACAAGAAAGUUUUAGAAAUUGGUGCUGGAACAGGCUUGGUUUCCAUCGUGGCUUCCAUCUUAGGAGCUUAUGUUACAGCUACUGAUUUGCCUGAAGUUCUUGAAAAUCUCUCAUUUAAUAUUUCAAGAAAUACACACAACAUGAAUACGCACAAACCUGAAGUGAGAAAACUGGUGUGGGGAGAAGACCUCAAUGAAGACUUCCCUUUAUCAACUUACCAUUAUGAUUUUAUACUGGCAAGUGAUGUUGUAUACCAUCAUACUGCUCUGGAUGCCCUGCUAGCAACAAUGGUACACUUCUGCCAGCCAGGGACAGUAUUAUUAUGGGCAAAUAAAUUCAGAUUCAGUACAGACUAUGAAUUUUUGGAACAACUUUGCAAUAUAUUCGAUACAUCCAUCCUAGCAGAAUUUCCAGAAUCAAACGUCAAGUUGCUUAAAGCCACGGUAAGAGAGAACUGAAGAAAAAAAAACUACUACUAAUUUUCAUUUCACCCCUGCACCUUGCAGUUUGGAAUGUGAUGUGCAAUUAUGGUACGCCCUCUGUGCGUUUACAUCUGUGAAGUUGUAGCUGUAGCUGAACUCUGCAUGUUUUGUUACAAGAAAUCUGGCAAGACAAGCAAUAUAGCUCAUUUGUCUUGGGUUCAUGCUUACAACCUAUUCGAACAGACCAAUUUCCCUCCACUGGAGGAACAAUGUCACUAAGUAGUCAGAUAGCAGGGAGACAUUAACAGAAAGCAUUGAUCUUCUAGGCUGCACUAAACUUCUGCUGUUUGGAAGGUGUUCUCUUUCAGCAAAUUUCAUUUACAUACUCCUGGAUGAACCAAUAUUUUUAGCUUUAUUUGUUUUUAUUACCUAUAAAAUAAUCUCUUAAAGUAUCAGAGUGCACAUGGUGUUCUUUUGAUCGUCAGUUUUGCACAUUUAUUCUGUUGUGUUUUACAUUUUUAACAUUAUUAAACAUAUAUGUAUAGCUUUACAAUACCUGGUCAAGAUUUAACUGUCUGGCACUUUAUACACGUAUCAGCCUGUCCUGAUACUCAGGUUCACAUGGAUUUUUGAGUUUGCCUGAAAUCACUCCAAAAUGAAGAUUUACAGGAGCACCUAUGCAUCAGCAAUUCUGAGCUGCAUGUAUUAACAGUUUCAGAGGUUGAAUUUUUCUUUAAAAAACAAAAAAAAAAAACAAAAACAGAAAAAAACAAAAAACCAAAACCAAAGAACAAAACCACAAAUGUAAACUCUUGCAAACAAUAUGGAUAAUUAUGUCCCAUUACUUUUGUCUAAUAAAUAAGAUUUUAGCUACUCCUGAAGUAGCUUUAAGGCCUUCAUACAAUUGAAAAUGAAAUUAAGAUCAAACGUGUUAAAAGUCACUUUACCGUAAAAAAUACAGAGCUUUUACAGGUUUGCAGUUAAAAUUAACAGUUAAGAAACUAACAUGCAUGCAGUAAGCUAUAUCAGCCUAAUUCCAACUCUUUUCUGUUAGCAGUUCUGGCACGUCCAUUGCCAGCAAUGGGAUGCACAAUAAGGUAACUCCCUGAUGACUGGAGUCAGGUUAGCAGGUAUUAAGCUGUACCCAGGUGCCUUUACUGAUAAAUACACACAAUUUAAUGAUCGACAUUCAGUAAUGAAAACAUGCGUUCCUAUAAAAAAAAAUCAAA